AUGGGAGAGACUUGGCUGGGUUCCUGAUCUCCACCUCCUGCAGCCCCACCUCCCCGCUCCCCCUUAACUGCUGGCCAGGCCAGCGGUGGGGCCACCAUUCCCAUCCGCAUCCCUGUCCCUGUCCACAUCAUGCUCCGGUUGCUGCUGCUUUGCGGGGCCCUGGGCUGCGGGGCAGACCACGCAGCCCCACUCGCCUUCACCAUGCUGCAGCGGACCCGCAUCUCCCAAGGCAACUCUCUCUUCUGGGGGAAUGCCAGCCUGGAUGGGCAGCUCAGCCAUCUCUUGGAUGGGCUUAAUGUCACCCAGGUGCUGCCACUGGAGCCCCCAGAUGCCUGGGCCAGGCGACAGAGAGAGGUGACCUCCUACCUGAACUACUUCAGCCAGCUGGUGAAGCUCUUCAACAAGGAGAGGCCCAUCAACUACACCCAGAGCCUGCGCUGCCACCUGGGCUGCCGCCUCUUCCCCAACGGCAGCGCCUACAGCUUCUACGAGGUGAGCCUCAACGGCACAGCUUUCCUCAGCUUCCACGUCCCCAACGCCACCUGGCAGCGGCGCUGGCCCGGCCGGCACGCCGUGGCUGACUACGCCCAGAAGGAGCUGAUGAAGUACCCCAUGACCACCCAAGCCCUCCAGCACUUCCUCAACACCACCUGCGUUGGCAUCCUGCGAACUCAGAGUGCCAGGACUGGAAAGCAGAGCACUCGGUCGCACGCCCCGCUGGUGCUGGGCCUGAUCCUGGGGACCUUGGCCCUGCUGGGCAUGGCCGUGGGCAUCUUCUUGUGCACAGGAGGGAGCUGCUAGCGGAGCCGAUGCCCCACAUCACCUCGUGGAGACAGAGGAUGGACCCCACCAGCACAGAAUCACAGAGAAUCACA